AUGGCCGAACCGGUUAUUGCCUCGGCGUUGCUGGGAUGUGUUGGAUGUCAAGCUGGCGUCGAAUAUUUGCAAACGUUUGGUUCAGUCUAUAUUCUUGUAGAAAGAGCACGGCGUUUCUGCCAGUUGAAGAAAAUGCAAGGAAUUUGAAACUCGGCAAAGCCUGCGCACUUCUCGAAAUUCGCCCGUGAAAUUUGAAAAAGUGGCUUUAUUUUUGAUUUUUUGUCAAUUUUUUCAUAUUUUUUCACUUUUUCUUUUCGUAGAUUGCUGAUAGCAUUGCGGGACCACGAUCGGGGUAUACUCUGGGUUGUUAGACGUUUUUUGAAAGUAGUUCUGUGAGGCUAACUUUAAAACUCGUGAUGAAGAAGCGUUUUGAAAAAUCUCCACCUGUUUGUAUGGAACAUGUUUCACCCCAUUUUAUGUUUUCUUGUUCUAUUUUUUUGUCGAUUGUUCAGAUUCCUAGGUUGUGGACAUCAAUGAGAUGAAGUUACAUGAAAAAAGUCUGUGAAGUUGAGAAAGUAUGUUCCGGAACUCAUUUAUAUCCGGAUAUUCCGUCAACUUUUUUUAUAAUAAAAAAAGUACUUGCUGUAAAAACAUCUUUUUAUUUGUUUCUCCACAGCAAUAUAGUUUUAUUUGAUCUCUUUUAAUUUCCUCGUCUUUUUUCUUCAAUGUUCAUUCGUUUCUCACACUUAUAUCAUCGGUUAACCUUAUUUUCCAAAUUUUUUGUGCAUGCACUAAACACGUCCUAAUUGACGGAGAAAAGUGGGCGGGGCGUCGCAAAAGAAACACCGUGAGAGAAGAAAAAAAAUAUCAAAAAUAGAGAAAAAAAAUUCAAUUCGGUCGAGUUAUGUGCGCUCUAUGGGACUGCCGCUAAAUUGAUAUUCCUUCGAUUGUACUUUUGAUAUUUUCAGAAAAGUAAAAGAAAGUCUGAACCUUCUAACGUUCGCCUCUUUUUGCUUCACCGCCUUCAUUGGUCUUAUUUUUCAGUCCCGAUUUUUUACGGUUUCCAACCGGAUACCAAUCAGGUUAUUUCUGUAAAAAUUACUCUUCAAAUUCACUUCCUUUUCAGUGCUUAUGUACAAAUCGUUGUUAUUUUCUUCAUUGUCAACAUGGCUAACAACUACGCCAUCAAAUUUGACAUUUAUUUCCCACUUUUUAUUAUUUUUAAAUCGGUAUGUGAAAUUAAAGGAAGGUUGUAAGAUUAAUAAUGUUUCAGGGAACUUUAUUAGUUAAUAUGCUUUUGGGGGCGGUUCUUCGCAAUUAUCGAUACACUUUUAGCCAAAUUUCGGCUGUGAUAAUUGUCACGAUUGGAAUCGUUCUUUUCACCUUGGCUAGUUAUACGCCAAAAGAAAAGGUUUUUUCAAAACUGAUUAAUGAAAUGGAAGUUUUUUAGACAUCUGCAGUACAUGGGUUAUGGCUCCCAGUGCCGCCGUUUUUCAUUGGUUUUUACACUGAUUUUGUGUCGAAAAAUUGUUUUUCAAAUUAAGGUAUCCUUCUGCUGACGAUCGCUUUGGUCCUCAGCGCUUACCUGGGCAUCAUCCAAGAACAAUUUUACCAAACAUACGGAAAACACAACGACGAGAUGAUGUUUUAUGUGGUAUGGGAAGAAUGAAGAAAGUUGCUGAAAAAUAGAGAAUUCGCAGCAUUUUCUAUCGAUUCCGGCUUUCGCGUUGCUUGGAGAAGAAUUGAAAGACGCUUGGAGCGCUGCGAAUGCCACGUCGACAAUCGGACUUGGAGUCCCAAGCGCUUGGGCCUACAUUGCAGCAAUUUGUGUACUCCAGUGAGUUGAUACGACCAAAGCGAGAGUUUUUUUCCAGUAAUGAAGUUAUUCAUGAGAAAGUAACUGUGAGCCUAGGAAAAGCCCAAUCGGUUUCAUAGCCAUAAAAUAAUUUAAAUCAUGUUUUGUAAAAAACAGCAUCAGCAACUUUUAAUUCACAGUGUCCUUGUCUCAUGAAAUCUUUUAGCCUUUAUUUGGUCUUUCUACUUACGAAAAAUCCUAGUCACACCUGGAAUAGGAUCAUAGAGGCUUACUUAAAAGGCAACCGAUUCAAAGCCGAUUGUAUGCCGAAAAUAAUGUAGCAGUUGGUUUUCACCCCAUUAUAGCCGUAACACGACCUCGGCGCUCUGAGCCUUUCCAUGUGCGACAAGUUGGAGUUUUUUUCACGAAAAAUUUCAGGUAUCUGUGCACCAGAAGCGUUUACAAACUGUCUUCAGUGACGUCAUCCUUGAACGUGACUAUGGUGAUAACUCUUCGCAAGUUUCUCUCCAUUCUUAUUUCUUUUGUCGUUUUCGACAAUUCCUUCAGUUUUUGGCAUGCUUUAGGCGCGGCUCUCGUUUUUAUUGGCUCUAUACUGUUUACCAAGUCUUUUUAG